GAUCCAAAAUCCUGGAUUGACAGAGAAGAAAAGAGGAAGGAAGAAUGUCAGGGCGUGGAAAGGGAGGCAAAGGACUGGGAAAGGGAGGAGCCAAGAGGCACAGGAAGGUUCUUAGAGACAACAUUCAGGGGAUCACGAAGCCGGCGAUCCGAAGGUUGGCUCGAAGAGGCGGGGUGAAGAGGAUCAGCGGUCUCAUUUACGAAGAAACGCGUGGCGUUCUCAAGAUUUUCCUGGAGAACGUGAUCCGCGAUGCGGUUACUUACACCGAGCACGCUAGGAGGAAGACGGUUACUGCGAUGGACGUGGUUUAUGCUCUGAAAAGACAGGCCGAACUCUGUACGGCUUGGAGGCUAACAUUUUUUCCUGGAUUUGGGGAUCUCAAUUUGUUUUUUAUUUGAAUCGGGUAAUAGAAGUUGAAUUUCAAUCCAUAAAACUUGUGU